AUGGCCCCUCAAGAUCAAGUGGUCCUUAUCACAGGAGCUUCUGGCUUCCUGGCUUCCCAUGUGGUUGACUAUUUCCUCCGCGCUGGUUACCAGGUUCGGGGAACUGUUCGUUCAGCUGCAACGGCUGAAAAGGUUCGACAGUCUUUCCCCCAGUAUACGGCUCAGUUGUCCUUCGCCAUUGUUGAAGAUGUUGCAAGACCAGGAGCCUUUGACAUCGCAGUCGAAGGAGUGGAUGGAGUAAUCCAUACUGCUGCCCCGUUUCAAAUCUUUGGGGUGGAAGAUAACGAGCGCGACCUCCUCAAGCCGGCCAUCGAUGGAACACUCAACAUCCUCAAAUCUGUCCACGAAGGCGCCCCUAAGGUCAAGCGUAUCGUCCUCACUUCUUCCUUCGCUGCCAUGAGGAAUGUCAGCAAGGGCAACUGGCCGGGUCACGUCUAUUCCGAACUCGACUGGAAUCCAGCCACGUACGAAGCUGCUGCUGCUCCCGGUGCUCCAGCGGGACUGGCGUACUCCACUGCAAAGGCGCUGGCAGAGCGUGCAGCCUGGGACUUUGUUAAAGAUAACAAACCCGAAUUCACGAUCUCAACGAUCAUGCCGCCCAUGAUUUACGGCCCGAAUAUCAAUGCAACCACCGACCUCGCCAAGUUGAAUACCUCCUCCAUGGAUAUCUACCGUCUGAUAUCUCCACAAGCCAAGUCCAGCGAUCCAGUGCCUGAAAAUCUAUUCUGGUCCUUCGUGGAUGUGCGUGAUGUGGCCCAGGCGCACUUGAGCGCUUACGAGGUGCCUGCGGCGGGCAACGAGCGCUUUUUCAUCACCAAAGGCAACUUUACCUAUCAGCAAUUUGUGGAUGUUCUACGCGCCAACCUUCCCGAGAUCAAAGACCGUAUACCAGUUGGAAACCCUGGAACGGGAGAUGUUCCCUCCGAUGUUUACACGGUCGACACAUCCAAAUCACAAAAGGUGCUCGGGCUAGAGUAUCGUUCUUUAGAGGAAACCAUUGUUGAUGCUGCGCGGUCUCUUCUGAAGUUGGAGGCCAAAGAGUAA